AUGACUGACACCUGCUACUCCGGAACCUAUGUUCCAGCUGCAUCCACCACAUCUGUCUGCUCCAGCGAAAGGAGCUACAGCAGCCGUGUCAGUCUGCCCAGUGACUACCCUUGCUCCUCCUAUGAGGUGGACAACUGCCAGGAGAGCUACUGCGAGCCGCCCUGCUUCUUCCUGCUGUGUCCCCUCCUGCCCCCAGUCUAUCUGCUGUGUCCCCACCUGCUCCGAGUCCUCCUGCUGUGUCCCCUCCUGCCCCCAGUCCUCCUGCUGUGUCCCCUCCUGCCCCCAGUCCUCCUGCUGUGUCCCCACCUGCUCCGAGUCCUCCUGCUGUGUCCCCUCCUGCCCCCAGUCCUCCUGCUGUGUCCCCUCCUGCCCCCAGUCCUCGUGCUGUGUCCCCUCCUGCCCCCAGUCUAUCUGCUGUGUCCCCUCCUGCUCCGAGUCCUCCUGCUCUGUGGGUCCAGCCCCUGCCAAUCCACCUGCACUAGCUCCUGUGAGCCUUCCUGCUGCCAGCAGUCUAGCUGUCAGUCAUCCAGCUGCACAUCCUCCCCCUGCCAGCAGGCCUGCUGUGUGCCUGUCUGCUUCAAGCCCAUCUGCUGUGUGCCUGUGUGCUGUAGGGCCUCCUCCUGCUCAUCUUCCUCAUGCUGCCUUCCCUCUCCCUGUGCCCUCUCUUGCUGCAAACCCUCCUCUUCCGUGUCCCUCAUCUGCAGCCCUGUGUGCAAGCCUGCCUGCUCUGCUCCUGCCUCAUCCUGCUGUGCCCCCGCAUCCUCCUGUGUGUCCCUGCUCUGCCGCCCCAUGUGCCACCCAGUCUGCUGUGACCCCUCACCUGGCCAGAAGUCCACCUGCUGA